CCGGCUACACCUGCUCAGCCCACCAGGAAGUGCAGGGCGAUAAAUCCCAAAGUAAUAAUCCCUUUUACCUGGCACCGUACAAACAUUAUUAUGCAGUUCUUUCGGGGAAAGCCCUUUGUUUAGAUGAACGCGGUCGAUGCAUCUUUUCAGCGCGUGACACGCAAUUAAUGCAGGGUCAAAAAUAUACCGUCAACUCCCUGCAGGUUGGGGUUAUUGUUUUCCUCCUGUGUAGCGUUUAGUUUUUUUGCGAUCCUAACCUCCCUCCGGCAAUGGGAUGCUGUGGAAGCGCAGAGAGGGCAAAAAGAGAAUGGAAACCAUUAGAGGACCGAAGCUGUACAGAUCUGCCAUGGUUCCUGCUGUUUGCAUUGUUCUGUGGAGGAAUGUGUGCCAUCUGCGGGUUCACCAUCGCGACGGGCGGCGCAUCACGGCUGUUAUUUGGAUAUGACAGCUACGGCAACACCUGCGGCCAACGCAACGAGCCAAUAGAAGGUGUCCGCCUGAGCGGCCUGGACCACAGUGACAGAAAGUACGUCUUUUUCCUGGAUCCGUGCAACCUAGAUAUUAUCCAGAGGAAGAUCAAGUCCAUGGCGCUGUGCGUGUCACAAUGUCCCACAGAAGAACUGGCGACUUACAGUGACCUCAGGAGGUUUGCCAUGAUGAAUGGGUCUGAGCUUUGUUCCUAUGAGUUACCUGGUCACAAGUACCCGCAUCUUCCCGAGCGCUUCGAAAAGUGUCCCAAACUUCCAGUGCCAGAGAGCAAAGCUCUUCCGGUGUUUAACCGCUGCACGCCGGUGGACAUCUCCUGCUAUGCUAAGUUUGCUGAAGCGGUGGUCACAUUUGUUAGUGAUAACAGCAUGUUAAACAGGCUGAUCGCCGGGGUGGCGGCCAGCAAAGAGAUUAUUGUGGGGCUCUGUCUGCUGGCGCUAGUUCUGUCCAUGAUCCUCAUGGUGAUAAUCCGUUACAUCUCUGCUGUCCUGGUUUGGAUUCUGACUGCUCUGGUGAUUCUGGGUUCUCUGGGAGGAACCAGCGUUCUCUGGUGGUUAUAUAUAGACUAUAGAAUGACGAUGAAUGAGACCAUGUCUAAGGAUUUAAAGGAAACAGAAGAUACUAAUGGUGGCAUGAAGACCCCUAAAAACCACGCUCAAGGCCUGCUCAUCUAUGCCGUUUCAGCCACAGUGUUUACCGGGAUUUUGUUGCUUCUGAUGUUGUUCAUGAGGAAGAGGGUGGCCCUGACCAUCGCCCUGUUUCACGUUGCGGGGAAAGUGUUUAUCCACCUUCCGCUGUUGGCACUGCAGCCGUUCUGUACCUUUCUCGCUCUCUCUCUCUUCUGGGUCUACUGGAUCCUGGUCCUCCUCUUCCUCGGCACCACUGGGAACCCAGAGAAGAAUGAGGACACAGGCCUGGUUGAGUUUAGGCUCACGGGCGGACUGCAGUACAUGACCUGGUACCAUGCUGUGGGUCUGAUAUGGAUCAGCGAAUUUAUUCUGGCUUGUCAACAGAUGACCGUAGCUGGCGCUGUGGUGACCUACUAUUUCACAAGGGACAAAACCAAACUUCCGGUGACGCCCAUCCUGUCAUCGGUGCUGCGGCUGGUUCGCUAUCACCUGGGCACUGUGGCCAAGGGCUCUUUCAUCAUCACUUUGGUCAAGAUCCCACGACUCAUUCUAAUGUACAUCCACAACCAGCUCAAAGGAAAGGAAAACGCUUGUGCACGCUGCAUGCUGAAGGCUUGUAUCUGCUGUCUGUGGUGUUUGGAGAAGUGCCUCAACUUUUUGAAUCAGAAUGCAUAUGCGGCGACGGCCAUUAACAGCACCAGUUUUUGCACCUCGGCCCGUGAUGCCUUCAUGAUCCUGGUGGAGAACGCUCUUAGGGUGGCGACCAUCAACACCGUGGGAGAUUUUGUGCUCUUCCUGGGCAAGGUCCUAAUUUUGACGUGCACGGCGUUCACUGGAGUGUUAGCGCUGAACUAUCAGAGAGAUUACACCGAGUGGGUUCUGCCCCUCAUCAUCGUGUGUCUGUUUGCGUUCCUGGUGGCGCACUGCUUCCUGUCCAUCUUCGAGAUCGUGGUGGAUGUGCUCUUCCUCUGUUUCGCCAUUGACACCAAAUACAACAACGGCACACCCGGCAGAGAGUUCUACAUGGAUAAGGCACUGAUGGAGUUUGUGGAGAACAGCAGGAGGUCAAUGGCCACGGAGGAGAGGGCCCGCAGCAAGCGCUCCCGUCCCAAGGAAGAGGUAGAGUUGACGGAGGUUACGACCAUGGUGAGUGGUGACGUGGGCGUGGCAGAGUCAGACUGGCAGGCCUUACAGGAGUUUCACCUGUACUACCUGCUGCUCUGCGUGCUGGUGGACUGGAUCCUAUCAGAGCACGCGCUGGUGGUCUGCCUCACUCAAGACAUGAUCAUCUUCCUGUCUGUGUGCCUGCCCACCUCCACCCUCUGUUUCCUGGUCACAACGCUUCAGAACACGCCCAUCUCCGCCGCUGCAUGCUGACUAAUGCUUUCUCACAUCCUCUUUCCAUCAUCUGUGUCUCAUCCGCCCUUAUAUUUGUUGCACUAACAAAGCACGAGCAUCUAUUUUACUAUCCGUGGAUUUACUUUUUUGUUCUGUUCUUGCCUGUUCUUUUUUUUUUUUUGACUGUCUUGAACUCAUAUGGCGGCUAUAAACUGUAUUUUUAUAUCUGGGGCCUUAAAUUCACCAUGUUGCUGUUUCUUAGCAUGUUGUGCCGGACAUGAAGUGACACAAAUAAUGCAUGUACGGCACACACGGAUACAAACCUUACAAAAUUGUGAUUAUUCAAGACAGUCUUUCUACUCUCCGUUCUCUCGACACGCAUGCCGUCUCGCACCUGCUUCAGUUUUUGCAAUGCAGUGCUUUUUUUGGCAUGUCAUACUAACCCUUGAAGAAGACUAAUGGACGAUGUGCUGUAAAUGCUUUUUAGUACGUCCGUCUUGUUGUUACAUGACUUUUAAUAAUAACACGUUUCUUUC